AUGCAACAGGGAGCGGUUUCCCAUUCGGUUGAUUCUGGGUUUCUUUCGGAGCCCGAGGGUGGGGGAAUGCGCGCAGCGUUGCGCGCACGGGCGCAUGGGGGAAGCGCUGGCGUUGCAGGCGCAGCCGCAAUCCGCGCAAUGACGGCGCAGCGUUUUGCGACAGAAGCCGCGCAGCUACGCGGGUUGGAGCAGGCGCUGGCGCGGGCGGGCUCCUCCGCGGCGGUCGUCAGCGCAAAUGGCGCGAAAGCGUCGGCUACUGGGGGUGAACAAAAGGCCGCGGGUUCAAGUGUCACGACUGCAGCGAAAGGCAGCAAUCUGAUGACGCAACUGCUCCAUUCAAGCACCCUCGCGUCUAUCACUGCGGCAACAGCCAUGGGAGGGGCAGGUUCGUCGAAUCAAACGAGCCAGCUUUCCAAGCCUGUAGCGGCUACAGUCUACCACCUCCGCACGCACCCCGCGGGGGGCCCUGCGCUACAGAUAUCCCCGCUCUUCCUUGCGUACCUCGAAGCUUCCAAGAAGCUUCACGGGUACAGCGUGUUCGAGCUCUCGUGUCAGCUAUCAUCCGUCCACCUCUGGCCGCAACCGGCGGCGCAGUUCAAGGGGGUCGCAAUGCGCCUGCUGCACGCGGGGGGAGCUCCGCAACAACGCUCCGCCGCGCGGCCGGCGGGGGGAAAAGGCGCGGACAGGGAGGCGCUGCAGCGGAGUCCGCUGCUGCAGUUUUACGUGUUCUGCCGUCAGAUGCUCCUCGAUCUCCUCGCCUCCUCCGCCACUGCGCUCGACGUUUGCCCCCUGGCACGCGCUGAGGCGGCUGACGUGGCUGCUGGGCUGAAUGCGAAUGCGAGUGCGAAGGCGGCGUUUUCGGGCAUUGCGCUGUCUUUCGCGCGCAAGCUGUCGGACCUGCACUGCCUCCAAGCCGCCAUGGGCGUCUGUUCUCGCUGCCGGAAAGUCUCCGCUCCUCGCGGUGAUGCUGCGUGCGUUUGUGCAUCUGACAGCGGGAAUGACGGCGUGUCCCCUCCGCAACUCGCGGAGAAGUGGCUGGCGCUCUGCCGUGGACGAGAGGAGGCGGAAGGCCCGGCGAGAAUAGCGGCGGAUGGGGGAGGGGGAAGUAACGGCACAAGCAGGAAAAGCGCGGGACAGGCUGCUAUAGGCUCGUGGGAGAGCGAGGGCGCGGAGAUGUUGGAGGUGGUGGCUCGAGUAAUCACAGCCGUCCGAUCUCAGGAGAUCAUCAGCAAGUUUAAAGAGCGCAUGGCGGAGAUCGACGGGGCGGAGAGCGCAGGCGGAGGGGAAAUGGGUAGUGCCCGAUCGGCGGAGGCGCAGGCGGUAAAAGAGGCGGAAGAGCGCGUGGCGGGAGCGCUGGAGCGCGCAUGGGUGGGGGGGUGGGAGGAGAGCGAGGGGGGCCAGGGGGAGGGCGGAGGCGGAAGCGGAAACCUGGUGCCCGUGAUCGUGCCGUGCCACGCCCAUACUGCUGCUUCCGCCUCUUCCGUUUCUUCCUCCUCCGCGUCGUCCGCCGCUUCGCUGCAGCUUCAGCUCGUGAUGCUGCCCUUCGUGCUGCCCCUCUCUAAGCGCGAGCAGCGCCAACCGCAGCAGCAGCUCUCUCACACGAACAUCCGCGCUCAACCAGCCAAAAGCGGCCACGUGUUCCCGUCGCAGCCGCGUGACGUGGCGCGCUGGCUCGUGCACAUGGCAUGCGUCGACGCCUCGUUGCGCCACAUGGCAGCUGCUGACGUAGACCGCGUGCUUUGGGCGCUGGAGCGGGGCCUCGUCCACGUGUCAGGCUCGGUCGCGAACCGCUCAGGCUCGACAACAGCCUCAGCAGCAGGUUCGGCAGGGAGGCUCGGAGAGCGAGAGAGGCUGCUGAGGAUGCAGCAGCAGGUGACGGCUCUGGUAACUCUGGUGCUGGAGCCGCAAAUCCCGGCGUCCUUGGCGCCUGCUGCUGCGGGCGGUGCUACUGGUGGUGGCGGUCGGAAGGCGAUAGAAGCGGCAAGCCUUGAAAGUCGCAAUUCUGCGGGCAAUGCUUCGUCUGCUCAGGCUGCUGCCGUUGCCGUUGGCCCCGUCGCUGCUGCAGACGCCGCUGCCCCUGCUUCUUCCCCUGCUGGUCCUCCUGUCGCCGCCGCCGCCGCCGCCGCUGCCGCCACUGGUGCUCGUCGCGACUCUGACGCUUCCGCCGCCACCGCGGCUGCGGUGGUGCUUGUCCCGGCCGAAAGUGACUGUAACGGCGGUUCAGAAGCAGCGGGGAAGGAGGAAGAAACAAGCAGUGGCGCGCAGUUUGGCAUGCCGGCGGCGCUGCUGCCGUCCAAACUCGCUGCCUUCGCUGAUAUCGGCCUGCCGGCCGCCUCUCUUGCUGCCGGCGCGUUUGGUGAUAUUGGCCUCCCCGCUACCUCCGCUGCUGCGAGUGAUGAGGCGGAGAGUGAAGAGUGGCAUGACGCGGAGGAAGAGGGGGAGCAGGCGGAAGAAGAAAGGGGAGAGCAGGGGGGGAUAAAGGUGGGAGAAGCGGAGGGGGAAGGGGAGGCGCAGGAGGAGGGGAAAGUGCAGGGGAAGAAUGAGGAAGAGGUGACCGUGGAGAGCAAGAGUGGCAACGAUGAGGCGCGGUCCAACGCGGCGCAAGGCGAUGCUGGCGCUCAGAAGUCCCUCGUUUGCGUUCCAGAAGAGGGGGGGGUUGGCGCGGAGGAGGAGAGAGCAGAGGGAGUCGAGGCGGAGAGAAAGGAGGAGAUUGAGAAGGUGAGAGACGAGGGAGUCGAGCUGGAAAAGGUGGAGGAGAGAAAGGAGAGUGAGAAGGUGGUAAAGGAGGAGGAGGUGGAGGAGGUGGAGGAGGAGAGAAGGGAGGGAGAGAAGAGGAUUGAAGAGGAGGGAGGGGGCGAGCAAGAAGAGGUGCUGCUGGCGCAACUGGCGGCGCUGAUGCCGGCGGAAGGGACGUGCGACCGAAGCAGCGGGCAGACAGGCGGAGCUGCAUCGGGGAGUUGUUCGCAGGCAGGCGGCGGAAAGACUAUGGCAGCGCAGAUAGAGGGGGAGAUUCCGGAGGAGAAGCGGGGAGCGACGAAGGCGGCGGAAGAUGAGGGCGGAGAGGGGGGAAAGCGCGGAGGGGCGCGCAAGUGGAUGGACGUGGGGGACAUGGUUGCGCUGUGCGAGAGUAUGCUGCAGGGGGAGGGCGGAGCGGGGGGGAACGGGGAGGGGAAGGGGGAGGGGGAGAAGGUAGAGGAGCGGCAGGCUCGCAGUGGUGAGGCGGCAUCAAAGAGCGAUGGAGGGAGCGGGAGUGGAAGUGGGAACGGGGGCUGCAGUGAUCAAGGGUCGGAAGGCAGUGUGACUGCAGAGGGGCAAGACUCCUUGCCUGCGCUGCUCGCUUGCGCCUCCCCUCCCAUGUCUCCGCGCGCACGGCCCGCUGUCCAAUCGUCCUCCGCCACGUCAUCACCCGCCUUCCGCGCGCAGUUGCCGUCAGCGGCGCUGGAGUGGCGCGGAAAGACCGCCGCAUCUUCCGCGUAUGCUUCCCUCAAGGCUGCGCCAGCAUCACUAUCUGCGCUCGCUUCCCCCAAGGCUGCGCCAACCGCGUUCGUGUCUCCGGCGCUGCGCGCAGCUGCUGCCGCCAGAGCCGCCGCCGCCGCCGCCACCGCUGCCGUCGCCCGCAGCAUGGAUGGGCGCGCGGGGAGCGCGGGGGGCGUGGGGAGCGGGGAGAGCAGCACACCCACGGCAAUGCCAGCAUCGUCAUCGUCAGCGGUGCACUCGCCGCUGCUGUCGCGCAUGCAGCAGCGCGUGAGGGGGGAGGGAGCAGCAGCGCACGGCUCUCCGGAUGCCGCCAGGAUGCGCGCUGCGGAGCUUCUUCCGCCGCUGGACCUCCGCUGGUCACAUGACGGGGAGAAGGCGGAGAAGCGGGAAGGGGAGGCGGAAGGGAAGGGGGAGAGAAAGAAGGGGCAAGUGUCUCGGUCUGUUGACUGGGCAGAGAUCGGGAGGAUUGAGAGGGGAGAGGUGGUUGUGGAGAGGGAAGGGAGUGAGGGUGUGGAGUGGGAGGAGGCUGGGGAGGGGAGUGAGAGCAUUGGAGUACUGCUUUUCGAGGAGGGAAGCGCAGAGGAGGAAGUGAGAGAGAAAGAGGAGAGGGAGAAGGAGGAGAGACUCGCAGCAGUGGCAGCGGCUGCUAGAGCAGCAGCAGAGGCGGCAGCAAAGGUGGCCGUCGCAGGCAGCACUAAUGGCAGUGCAGCAGAGCUGAUGGAGGGAUGGGUGGAGGUGGAGGAGGAAGAGGAGGGUUCGUCGUGCCAGUCGUGCACACAGUCGUCGUCACACUCGUCGGAGGACCGAGUGACUGUGAGGAGCUAUGAGAGCUAUGAGCGGGCUGAUGCUGCUGAUACCAGCAGCAGCAGCGGUGCCAGCACCAGUGACGACAGCAGUGGCGGCAGCAGCGGUGGCAGCAGUGGCGGCAGUGGCAGUUACAGCGGCAGUGGUGCGAGCAGCAGCAGUGGUUCCGGGAGUGGAAGCAAGAGUGGGGAGGGGAGUGUGAGCGAGAGUGGGAGUGAGAUAGAGCUUGAAUCGCCUGGCGGGGCUGGCAAGAACCUGGCUCCCAGCGUGGCAGUAGCAGCAACACCAGGGGUCAACGCUGCCACUGGCAACAGCAGCAGCACUGGCAAGGCCAAGGCGAAAGAGCAGAAGAGUCAGAAGAGUGAGCAGACUGCCACUCCCGGCUCCAAGCCUGAAGGGGUGAAGCUCACCAGGUCCGGUAGCGGCAGCAGGUCCGGCAACCGCAGCAGGUCCGGAAGCAAGACCAGCAACGGUGGCAGCAGGUCCGGCAGCGGUUCGGCUGGCACGGCACGGAGUGGUGGGGCUACCAGUGGGAGCAAGAGCAAGAGUAAGAGCAAAGGCACCACUAGCAGCACCAGAACCACCGCCAAAAGCAGCAGUGGGAAGAGCAGCAGAGCAGCAAAGCCGGCAGUGGCAGGGACGAAGGGAGGCAAACCCAGCGCGCCUCUAGCGCCUGUACUGGACCCUGUCACGCAGAGCCUAGUGGAACCCGUGAUUCAGGCCGUGGGGGUUGUUGCAGCGGCAGCUGGCACAGCGGCAGCGGGAGCUGGAUCAGGGGUAGGAGACGCAGCGGCAGCAGGAGAAGGUGGGGAGCAGUUUGGCAUGCCGGUGGCUCUGCUGCCGUGCAUGCACUCGGAAUUCACUACCAUUGGCCUGCCUUCCGCCCCUGCUGGGACUGCUGAUGCUGCUCAGCCUUGUGCGAUUGCACUGGCUGCUGCCCCUGUGGUGACUUCAGCAGGUGCUGUGAAUGCUGCCCCUGUGGUGACUUCAGCAGGUGCUGUGAAUGCUGCCCCUGUGGUGACUUCAGCAGGUGCUGUGAAUGCUGCCCCUGUGGUGACUUCAGCAGGUGCUGUGAAUGCUGCCCCUGUGGUGACUUCAGCAGGUGCUGUGAAUGCUGCCCCUGUGGUGACUUCAGCAGGUGCUGUGAAUGCUGCCCCUUCCACCCCACCGCCUGCUUCCAAGGCCACUCCUGACAAGGUCCCUUCUCUUCCUCUUCCUGCCACUCCUGACAAGGUCCCUUCUCUUCCUCUUCCUGCCACUCCUCCUGCUUCGGCUCCUGCUGCUGCUGUUACCGCUGCCACUGUUGCUGUUGCUGGUGGUGAUGACACCGCUGGCAGCGCAGGCAGCAGAGAGAAAGCAUCACAGGACGAAGUGAAGGUGGUGCGAGGGGCAAGCCAACAGCAGCAGGGUGAGGUGGAGAGUGCAGGAGCAGAGAAGGAGGUUCCAAAUGCAGCAGUCACAGCAGACACAGCCCAGCAAUCCAGUACAGGAGCAGCCCAGCAGAUGCAGGGUCUGAGCAUGCUGGAUCGACUCAAGGCACAGGCACGUGCCGAGGCAGUGGCAGCAGCAGCGGCCGGGAGGAAGGGCAGGAGCAACAGCAACAGCAACAGCAGCAGCAGUGGCAGCGGCAGCAGCAGCGGCAGCGGCAGUGGGAGUGGGAGUAGCAGUAGCGGCAGUGGUGGCAGCAGCAGCAGUAGCGCGAGUGAGAGUGGCAGUGACCCGUCUGCUGAUGGGGUUUCCUUGACCGCUGCUGGUAAAUCCGUCUCUCUCCCUGUGUUGCGCAACCCUCUUGCAUUCACUGCCACCACGGCUGCCUCUGGAGCAGUACCAGCAGUGGUUGCAGCAGCAGCGACCGCUCCCAAGGUCCGCAAGGGGGCUCUCAAGAAGCCUGGGAGUCCUUCCCGCUUUGCUCGGCGUCACAGUGAGCAGCAACCACAGCAGCCGCAGGGCCAGCAGCAAGGUCAGCAGCAGCAGGAGCAGGAGGCAGAGGGGAGGAGGCUCAUCCCACGUGUGUCCUUUGCAGCAGUGGCGCUGCUGCUGGUGCCGGGGGUGGGCGUGGAGCAGGUAGCAGUGCGCAUGCAUACAGACGACCACCGCGCCCCUCUCAUCAGCCGCAGCGGCGUCCCUGCCCGCUCCACCUCGCCUGGCAGAGGCUCACCCUCCCCCAGUAAAACCCACCCUUCCUCCUCUUCUUCCUCCUCCUCCCCAUCCCCCGGUAGAGGCUCUGCUUCUGCAGCGUUCUCAGGCUUCUCUCCUUCCCCUGCGUCUGUUAAGAGUGGGAUGAUUUCGCCCAGAGGAUUGAUUUCGGGCAGGGCAGGGGCAGGCAUGGUGUCUCCAGGGCGGAAGAAUGUUGCCUCCCCGGGCAGGGAGCUUUUGUCUCCGGGCAGGGGCAGCAGGGGCGGGAGUCGGGAAGCUGGUGGUGGUGGUGGUGACGGCGGUGGUUGGAGUGACCAUGAGUCAGAGGGCUGCGAUGAAGCAGCCCCCAGGGAGCACAGAGCGCCCACCCCGGCACGUCCCCGGCGCUCCGUCUCCCAGACCUCCCUCUCUUCAGAUGGCCCACUCGUUCGCUCCGCCUCCACACCCUCUGCUGCAGCAUCCACUGCUGCUGUUCCCACUGCUGCCUCUGCCUCUGCUACCGCCUCGCCUGCUGCUGCGUGCACGCCAUGCGUCACCACAGCCUCGUCCAUGCGGCAUCGCAUGAGGGACUACGACCAGUCACGCAUCGACCGCCUCAGAGACGGUGUGCCCGUGGCACGUGAUUCUCCACAAGGUGGCAUGCCCCUUGUCCGCGACUCCUCUCUGCCUCUGCCUCUCGUUCGUGACUCCUCCCUCCCGGCUCGCCUCUCGCACCACCAGCCAACCCAGCAGCAGCAGCAGCAGCAGGGGGCAGGAGGAAUCCACCAGGUGCCAGCGCCUAUUCCUGAGGACGAGGAGGUUCUCCCCCUGCGAUCCCGACGCAGCUCCAAGUCCCCAUCGCACACCUCCUCCCACCUCUCUCCUCACCUCUCCUCCCACCUCACAGCACAGGCAGGUGCCACUCCCCACCACCCCCGCUCCGCUGUUCCCUCUGCCAAGGCCUCCCCGGCCCAGAGCAGCAGCAAGGGAUCCCCUGCUCUCCCCUCAGCUUCCUCUUCCAGACUCUCCUACUCCACCCCGCCGUCACCUGCACGGUUUGGCCUUGUCCCUCCGUCGCCCACGCACUCCCUCGUCUCCUCCACGUUCGCUCGAAUCCCCGCGUCUCCCGGCCGGGAUCUGUUCGGGGGGUCAGCUUUCAGCAAGGAGCGAAAGGUGGAUCAAGGCGCAGAGGGAGUGGGAAAGCUUUCAAAGGUGCCCGAGGAUCCGGGAGAGAAGGCAGGAGGGGAGAAGGUGAAGGAUUUGAAGCACAAGUGGAGGUUUCCCAGCAUGCUGCUCCGAGUGGGCGGUGGGAAGGCGUGA